AUGUUUGGUUCUCCUCUCUUUACAUGGUUUUGGAACGCAUUCGGUAUACUGCAUCACACGGCACGGCACGGUAUGGCACACAUUGGCACACAUUGGCAACUCGAUAGGCAGAGCACUAGGGAACAUCACGAUACCCCGGAGUGGAAACCAAAGUUGACCCCCCUCGCGAUCUCGUCACUCCACUCCCAGUUUGAUUUUGGCUUCGGAUUUAUCUACAUCGGUUUUUCUUAUGUCAAUCUGGCAUUACCCUUUUCUGCAUUUUUCUCGUCUCUUUUUAUUUUUUGGCUGGAGACAGAGCCCCCAAAGUCAAGUUUGGGGUUUGGACAUUCUUUUCUAUUUUUAUGGGGUAGGCUGUAUGUUUCAGGAUAUUGCAUGUCUGGCGUUUAUCUUCCAUGA